AUGCUCGGAAUUCGACCACGCCUCAAGACACGCCCAUCUCUUCUCGACCUUAUCCAGAAGAAGAACAUUGACGCCCUAUCUGCGUCCGUCGAUCAAGUCGUCCCCAUCCUCGAGGCCAACGUCGAGCCGUUCCGCGUCCCGCUGCCUGCGAGCCCGCUGCCGUCGCCCCAACGAGAACAGCCGCCGCAGCUGCCCCCGCCCCGAAUCACACUCCAGGAAGACAGCGAAGACGAAGAUAGAACGGAAGAAGUAGCAAAGAUGCCUCCUAAGACACAGAAGAAGGAGCAGAAGGUGGAGGAAGAGGAGCAUGGAAAGGUCUUUUCCGUCUCCGGUCCCGUCAUCGUGGCUGAGAACAUGAUCGGUGUUGCCAUGUACGAGCUUGUCCGUGUUGGCCACGAGAACCUCGUCGGAGAAGUCAUUCGAAUCGAUGCCGACAAAGCCACCAUCCAGGUCUACGAGGAGACCGCUGGUGUGACUGUCGGUGACCCUGUCAUCAAGUCUGGACAGCCCUUGUCCGUCGAGCUCGGCCCGGGUCUCAUGGAGACCAUCUACGACGGUAUCCAGCGCCCGCUCAAGGGUAUUGCCGACGACGCCAACAGCAUCUACAUUCCCCGCGGUAUCGACCUGCCCGCUCUCGACCGCAAGAAGAAGUGGGACUUCACCCCCGGCAAGCUCAAGGUCGGCGAUCAUAUCACCGGCGGCGACGUCUUCGGCACCGUCUUUGAGAACAGCCUGCUCAGCGAGCACAAGAUCUUGCUCCCGCCCCGCGCCAAGGGCACCAUCACCCGCAUCGCCGAGAAGGGCAGCUACACAGUCGAUGAGAAGAUUUUGGAGCUCGACUUCAACGGCACCAAGACUGAGUACAGCAUGAUGCACCGCUGGCCUGUGCGAGUGCCUCGUCCUUCGACCGAGAAGCUCUCGUCUGACCGCCCGCUGAUUGUCGGACAACGUGUGCUCGACUCCUUGUUCCCCAGUGUUCAGGGUGGAACGGUGUGCAUUCCUGGUGCUUUUGGAUGCGGAAAGACUGUUAUUUCGCAAUCGCUGUCCAAGUUCUCCAACAGUGACAUCAUCGUCUACGUUGGCUGUGGUGAGCGAGGAAACGAGAUGGCUGAAGUCCUGAUGGACUUCCCAGAGCUCACGAUUGAGGUCAAUGGCAAGAAGGAGCCUAUCAUGAAGCGUACCACGCUCAUCGCCAACACAUCCAACAUGCCUGUGGCUGCCCGAGAAGCCUCCAUCUACACUGGUAUCACUGUGGCUGAAUAUUUCCGCGAUCAGGGUAAGGACGUCGCCAUGAUGGCAGACUCUUCCUCGCGAUGGGCCGAGGCGCUUCGUGAAAUUUCUGGACGUCUCGGAGAGAUGCCUGCUGACCAAGGUUUCCCUGCUUACCUUGGUGCUAAGCUUGCCUCUUUCUACGAGCGUGCCGGUCGCGUGGAGGCGCUCGGUAGCCCUGAGCGUUACGGCAGUGUCUCCAUUGUCGGUGCUGUCAGCCCUCCGGGUGGUGACUUUUCGGAUCCCGUCACGACCAGUACUCUCAACAUUGUCCAGGUCUUUUGGGGUCUCGACAAGAAGCUCGCUCAGCGAAAGCAUUUCCCGUCAGUCAACACAUCUAUUAGUUACAGCAAGUACACUGGCCCGCUCGACAAGUACUACGCCAAGAACAACCCCGACUUCCCCCGUCUGCGCGACCGCAUCAAGGAGCUGCUCACCACUUCGGACGAUCUCGACCAGGUCGUGCAGCUUGUCGGUAAAUCCGCCUUGGGUGACUCGGACAAGAUCACACUCGAUGUCGCAACUCUAUUGAAGGAGGACUUCCUGCAACAGAACGGUUACUCAGACUACGAUCAGUUCUGCCCACUGUGGAAGACUGAGUGGAUGAUGAAGAACAUGAUGGCGUUCCACGACGAGGCACAAAAGGCCAUCUCCCAGGGACACAGUUGGCCCAAGAUUCGCGACUCAACAUCCGAGAUCCAGGCCUCGCUCCGUAGCAUGAAGUUUGAAUUGCCUAGCGAAGGCGAGGAGGCAGUCACCAAGAAGUACGAGGAGCUGCUCCAGAAGAUGACGGAGAAGUUUGCGUCGGUGAUUGACGAGUAG